CUGCACGAAUUGCACAGCUCUACAACAAAUAUCCAAGGAAGAGCAAUAGGCUGAACCACACCAUCGACACAAAGCUUAAUGUCGACGGCUCUAGCACUGUACCGUGAGCUGCUGCGCCAGGCAAAGACGCUACCUAGCAACACGCAGACGUACUACCGGCACCACAUUCGCCAGCACUUCAACUCCCACCGCGACGAAACAGAUGCGGAGCGGGUGCAGGUGAUGGUGGCGCGCGCGCGCCAAGACGCCCUCUGGAUCCUGCGCAAGUACGGCGUCGGAGCUGCGGGCGCUGCCGCCGCCAAGUAGACCAGCGUGGUGUGGUAGACCAGCGACUCACGGGAUUAGCCAAUCGACUCGUAGCCCCCGAAGGGGAUAGACUCAGCAACGCACCAGUCAGCAUAAGGUGAUACUCAAGUAUGGCUGCAGCCAAAGGCAACUCGGCAGUAGCAGGACCGGCUGGCGCCUCCGCUGCUACUGCCGCCGACGACGGCGUGCGGCAGCGUGUCAAGGCGGCUACAGCCGCCGCCGCCGCCACCGCCGCCACAACCACCACCACAGCCGCCGCCACAGCUACAGCCACAAUCAGCGCUACUGAUGAUGACGGCAGUAGCAGCAGCACCACCACCAGCGCCGAGGCUAAGGCCAAGGCGGAGGAGGUGGCUGCCAAGGCUAAGAAGGUGGCGGCGGCUGUGGGUAGCACGCUGUUGUGGAUGUGCUGCAGCAGUGCCGUCAUUAUCCUCAACAACCAGCUGUAUCGCCGGGGGUUCAAGUACCCCUCCACCGUCACCGGCAUGGGGCAGCUCAUGUCCGCCUUCUCGGGCUUUGCGCUGUCGGCUGUGGCGGGUCAGCCGCUGCGGCCCACGCCCGGCCCCCGCGUGUUCCUGACCUCGCUGUUCCCCAUCGCGGUCUGCACCGCCGCCUCCAUGUACUUCGGGAACAUCUCCUACUUGUACUUGUCAGUGGCCUUCAUCCAGGUCCUCAAGGCCUUCACCCCCGCCAUCACGCUGCUGCUGGGCGUGUGUGUGGGGCUGGAGCGCCCCGACUGGCGCCUGCUGCUGGCCAUAGGGCUCAUCGCGGGGGGCACGGCGGGGGCGGUGCUGGUGGAGAGCGGCGCGCCCAGCUUCAAAUGGAUCGGCGUCAUCGCCUUCAUGGCCUCCUCCCUCACGGAGGCGGCACGAGUGGUGGGAGCCGAGCUGCUAAACGACGGCCCUCGCUACAGCACCGCCGAGUCACUGGUGUAUGUGGGCUUCCCCACCGCCGCCGUGCUGCUGGCCGCGGGCGCCGUCAUGGAGUGGCCGGCCAUUGCAGCCGCCACCGCGGCAGGUGCCCCCGGCGGCCUGGCGCUGCUGGCGUCCGAGCCCUGGCUGUUCCUGGCCGCCCCCGCCGUGAGCGCCGCCGUGAACGGCAGCUGCUUCGCCGCCAUCGCCGCCACAAGCAGCCUCACCUUCAAGGUGGCGGGGUGCAUCAAGAACGUGGCGGUGGUCGUGUACGGCGUGUUGGCCCACGGCGACUCGCUGACGCCGCUGCAGGCGGCCGGCUACGGCGCCAGUGUGGGCGGCUUCUACCUCUACAGCCAGCGCCAGAGGGCAGCAGCAGCAGCAGCAGGCGGAGGCGGCGGAGGCGGCAGUGGCAGUAGCAGUAAAGCCAAGAAGGCGUGAGGGUGCUGGGGGUGCUGGGGGCUGCUGUGGCGAGGCUGUGGCGGGGCCGUGCACGUGGCAGCUUGGUACGGCAAAGGGGACGCGUAGGGGCCACGUGUCGCACAUGGUCUGCGUGGUGCAAUUGCCUGGCCAGGAGCAGGAGGACUGCGCGUCAGCAAAUUCUAUGAGCCAGACAGCGCGAUCGCCGGUGAAGCACAGCGAACUCUUGCCCUGACCCGCCUUGUGGGGAUUGGUGGGCCGGGAUACUAGCCAUCACACAUUCACACUCGGGACUAUGCUUCUCGCCGCCCUCUCCUCUCGUUUGUACUAGGAAUUCAACGGCAUAGGGGCCGCGGGGCCGCUGGGAUAGAGCAUUUGGAAGUUGGGGUGCCACGGCCUGAGGUUCCCCUCCCCCCCGAGGCGCCUAGCUUAGUUUGGCCACGACAGACCUUUUAUUGAGUAGUGUUGCUUUUGUGAGUGUACGGGACCACGGGAUGGGCUGCAUGGACAGUUCGUUUGCAUGGAUGUGAUUGCAUGAGUAAAGCAGCCAGUCCGCUGGGAAAGUGCCAGGCAGAGAGAAAGCCGGCAGUGCGGCAGCCUACUGACAUGCAGUAAGCUGGACGAGUUCAGGCUUGAUUGACUCGACCGGAUUGCUUGCGGACCCUAACAAUUCGAGAAGUUCGAGGGAGGGCCGCAGCUCGGCAGGCCAACGAGUGGCAGUGGGGGGGGGGGGCUUUGGACCCAGGAGAC